AUCUGCCCCGGCCCGGUCACUGCUCACGGGAGUGCGGUAACGUUAUCAUCAUCGUAGAGAUUCGCUGCUAAUACUAGAGUAUCUGUGAUCGAUCAGGUGAUGGAGAUUCGGAUCAGCGCUCGGCUCGGAAUCAUCUGCUCGGUUCUUCUGCUUCACUGUGUCCACGAAACCCGUGCGGCCGUCUGCAGUCAGGAGCAGUUCAGGUGUGCAAACGGGAAGUGCAUCACCAGCCGCUGGGUUUGUGACGAGACGGACGACUGCGGCGACGGAAGCGACGAGCUGCCAGAGUCCUGCAGCCAGAAGACGUGUUCGUCGGGUCAGUUCAGCUGCGGCGGGCGUCUCAAUCAGUGCGUGUCCACCAGGUGGCGCUGCGACGGGAAGUCUGACUGCGAGAACGGCGCAGACGAGCAGGGCUGCGUGCCGAGGACCUGCGCAGACGAGGAGUUCCGCUGCCGCAGCGGUCAGUGCGUGUCGCUGUCGUUCGUGUGCGACUCUGACUCCGACUGCGACGACGGCAGCGACGAGGCGUCCUGUCCCGCGCCCACCUGCGGCCCCGGCUCCUUCCAGUGCAAUAACUCUGUGUGCGUGCCGCGGCUCUGGGCCUGUGACGGGGACACCGACUGCGCAGACGGCUCUGACGAGUGGCCACAGAACUGCGCAGGCGGCACGGGUCAGCAGCCGCAGACGGUCUGCCGCGAUCACGAGCUCCUGUGCGCCAGCGGUGAGUGUGUCCACGGCAGCUGGAGGUGCGACGGAAGCGGCGACUGCGCAGACGGCUCAGACGAGCACAACUGCACUGCGCUCACCUGCCGUCCGGAUGAGUUCCUGUGUAACGACGGCAGCUGUGUCCCGGGAAUGCGGCAGUGUGACGGGAAUCCUGACUGCCGGGAUCACAGCGAUGAGAUGGACUGCGUCACCGUGCAUGCGUGUGCCGGGCCGGGCAGGUUUAAGUGUGGCAGCGGCGAGUGCAUCAGCGCAGACGGUGUGUGUGACGGUCAGAGAGACUGCCGCGACGGCUCCGAUGAGCCUCUCAAAGACUGCAACACUAACGAGUGCCUCACUAACAACGGCGGCUGUUCCCACACCUGCAGCGACCUGAAGAUGGGAUACGAGUGUGUGUGUCCGGCCGGAUUCCACCUGAUCAACCGCACACACUGUGAAGACGUGGACGAGUGUGCAGACACAGACAGAUGCACUCAGAUCUGCAUAAACCUGCCGGGCAGCUUCAGGUGUGACUGUAAAGAUGGGUUUGAGCUGGAUCACAUGACCAAAGACUGCAAAGCGGUAACAGGAUCCGGUGCGUUCCUGCUCUUCAGCACGCGGCACGAGGUCCGGAAGAUGGCGCUGGGCAGCCGGACAUACACGGCGCUGAUCCGCCAGCAGAAGAACGUGGUGGCGCUGGACGUGGAUGUUCACAGCGACAGGAUCUUCUGGUCUGACGCGAGUCUGAAGAAGAUCUACAGCGCCGCGGCCGCUGACCCCGCCCACCGCAGCACUGUGAUUGACAGCCGGAUCUCCCGCCCCGAGGGCCUGGCGGUGGACUGGGUCCACGGAAACAUCUACUGGACAGACGGCGAGCUGCAGACCGUCUCCGUGGCGACGGCAGAUGGCAGCAAACGCAAGACGCUCGUCAGCGAGGGCCUGCAGAAUCCGCGCGCGAUCGUCGUCGACCCGCAGCGCAACUUCAUGUUCUGGACGGACUGCGGCGAGCCGGCGCGCAUCGAGAAGAGCGGCCUGAACGGCGCGGACCGCACGGCCCUGGUGACCGAACACAUCGCCUGGCCCAGCGGCGUCACGCUCGAUGUGAUGAGCGGCCGUCUCUACUGGGUCGACUCGAAGCUACACACUCUGUCCAGCAUCGGCGUGAACGGAGACAGACGACACACACUGAUCCAGGACCAGCUGACGCUGCCGCACCCGCUGGCGCUUGCCGUGUUCGAGGAGAAGGUGUUCUGGACCGACGUGUCCAAUAACGGCAUCUGGAGCACUAACCGCGUGACGGGGCGAGACGUGGCCGCCGUGGCCGAGCAUCUGCAGUCGCCCGCGGACAUCGUGCUCUAUCACAGCCUGAGACAGCCGUCCGGACAGGACUGGUGCAGAGACGCGGCUGCGCUCAAUGGUGGCUGUGAGUUUCUGUGUCUGCCGGCGCCGCAGAUCAACACACACUCGCCCAAAUACACCUGCGCCUGUCCUGAUCACCUGACCCUGGCCGCUGACAUGAGGACGUGUGUGUCAGGAGAUAAUGCAGAACAAGAGCCGGUUUCCAGCCCUUCCCAGCAUCCCACAGUCCUGUUCAUCACACUUCCCAUCGGUCAGUAA